AUGCUAUUGUUCCCUUCCCUUUUCCGCGACCCCUCCCGUAAGCGGCGGAAGCCUUUCCAUGGAGCGUAUUGGGGACGUCGCUCCCUUGAUGCGUUUGCUGACGAGGUGGAUCGUCUGUUCACGGCACCUUUGUCGGUGCAGAACAUGGUCGCCAUGUCAGACAAGAUCCGUGCGCAGUUCAGGUCUUGUCUACAAUCCAGCCCCGUCUGCAUGCUACCUUCCUACAACCAUGCACUGCCCUCCGGAACGGAGACGGGGACGUUCCUCACGCUGGAUGUCGGUGGUUCAACGCUGCGGGUAGCACUGGUUGAACUACGUGGUCAGGGAGACAUGCGCAUCCUUCACGUCUCAUCGUCGUACAUUGACGAAGAGGUCAAGUUAUUGGAGGGCACGCUCUUUUUUGAUUGGAUGGCGGAGAAGAUCGACUCGAUGCUACGCGAAGUGGGUGCCAACUAUGGACGAGAGGCCGUGCCACUGUCAAUGGGAUUGUCGUGGUCGUUCCCCAUUGAACAAACCUCCAACAGUAGUGGUCUCGUUAUUCACAUGGGCAAAGGAUUUCAUUGUUCAAAUGGCACCGUUGGGCAAGAGCUGGGUGAUCUUAUCGUUCAGUCUUGUCGGAAGCGAGACCUCAAUGUCCAGGUGGAUGGGAUUGUGAACGACAGCUCCGCGACCCUCCUCUCACGCGCCUACAUCGAGCCCAAGACCCGUAUGUCGCUUAUCCUAGGGACUGGAACCAAUGUGGCCAUCCACUUUCCCGUCCAUGAGAUUGGACUGACCAAGUUCGGUACAAGACCGCCGGGUUGGUUCGACUACGCCAAACACGUUAUCGUUAACAGCGAGAUGAGCAUGUUUGGCGGCAAUAUUCUCCCCAAGACUCGCUGGGAUGAGGUUUUGAACCGGACACACCUUCGGCCCGACUACCAACCUUUGGAGUAUAUGAUUACCGGGCGUUAUCUGGGCGAGAUUAUCCGUCUCAUCAUUGUUGAAGCGGUCGAAUCUGCGAAGCUCUUUGGCGGGGAGUUGCCUCAUUCGAUGCGCGAUGCGUAUUCGUUCGAUACCAGCAUUGUUGCGGCGCUGGAAGCCGAUACAACCCCACUUCUCUCGUCGUCUGCGGCGCUUCUGCAAAAGGAACAUUCAUUCAUCGUGUCGCCCUCCGUCGAAGAUUUGCGCUUCCUCCGACGUAUCUGUCAGAUCGUCUCUAAGCGAGCAGCAGGGUAUCUGGCUACGGCAAUUCACAGUAUGUGGUGUCUGCGGAAUGAAGCAGAAUUUCCCGCGACGGCCCCCUCCGCACCCCCUUCGAUAAAGGAAACUCAAGAGGUGACCGUGGUGGAAAGCGAAGAGAAUCACCAGAGUCUAUCAAUUGCAUGCGACGGCAGUGUCAUCAACAAAUAUCCUGGGUUCCGGGACCGUUGUCAAGGCUAUCUGAAUGACCUUGUGAAGGAGACAAACGCAUUACGGCAGUCAUCGGAUCCCACCCCUGAACCUCAGGUGUGCCUGGACCUGGCACCAGAAAGCGCUAUUCUGGGAGCGGCCGUCGCAGUGGCCGUCGCAGUUGCGGAGAAGAAGCUCGAGUAG